AUGCCGCCCGCACCAGUGCCCGAGUCCAUCCUGAAGAAGAGGAAGAGGGACGAGCAGUGGGCGGAGAAGAAGGCUGCUGCCACCGUCGCGGCUCAGAAGAAGGCCCGUGCUAACCGGUCGGAGAUCUUCAAGCGCGCCGAGCAGUAUGUCAAGGAGUACCGCUCCCAGGAGCGCGACCUGAUCCGGUUGAAGCGCGAGGCCAAGGCCAAGUCCGGCUUCUACGUCGAGCCCGAGGCCAAGCUGCUGCUGGUGGUACGCAUCCGCGGUGUGAACGACAUCGCGCCCAAGACCAAGAAGAUCCUGCAGCUCCUGCGCCUGCGCCAGAUCAACAACGCCGUCUUCCUGAAGGUGAACAAGGCCACGCUGAGCAUGCUGCAGCGCGUGGAGCCCUAUGUCGCCUUCGGCUACCCCAACCUGAAGUCGGUGCGCGAGCUGAUCUACAAGCGCGGACAUGGCAAGGUGAACGGCAACCGCAUCCCGCUCACCGACAACUCCGUGGUGGAGGGCGUGCUCGGCAAGCACAACAUCAUCUGCGUGGAGGACCUGAUUCACGAGAUCUUUACCGUGGGCCCGGCCUUCAAGCAGGCAAACAACUUCCUCUGGCCCUUCAAGCUGUCUGCGGCCAAGGGCGGGCUCUCCCACAAGCGCCUGCACUUCAUCGAGGGCGGCCAGGCCGGCAACCGCGAGCACUUCAUCAACAACCUCGUCCGCGCCUCCAACUAG